AUGACUGCUUUGUUGUCAAGUGAUCCUAUGCAGUUUGGAAUGUUUGAUAGUGGGCCAUAUAGGAAUGCUGAUGAUAGUAAGGCGGAAGAAAAUGGUGGCAGAUGGUAUUUUUCACGUAAAGAAAUCGAGGAAAACUCCCCAUCAAGACCAGAUGGCAUUGAUUUGAAGAAGGAGACUUACCUACGUAAAUCAUAUUGCACAUUCUUGCAAGACUUGGGUAUGCGUCUCAAAGUGCCCCAGGUAACGAUUGCUACAGCUAUAAUCUUUUGUCACCGUUUCUUCCUCCGUCAAUCACAUGCAAAGAAUGACAGGAGGACAGUUGCAACUGUCUGUAUGUUUCUUGCAGGCAAGGUUGAAGAAACUCCUCGGCCUUUGAAAGAUGUUAUCCUCGUUUCUUACGAGAUUAAUAACAAAAAGGAUCCCGAGGCAAUACAAAGAAUCAAACAGAAGGAAGUGUAUGAACAGCAAAAGGAAUUAAUAUUAUUGGGAGAACGUGUUGUUCUUGCAACUCUGGGUUUUGAUUUUAACGUGCAUCACCCGUAUAAACCACUAGUAGAGGCAAUAAAGAAGUUCAAGGUUGCCCAAAAUGCCCUUGCUCAAGUUGCAUGGAAUUUUGUGAACGAUGGGCUCCGGACAUCUCUGUGCUUGCAAUUUAAGCCCCAUCACAUCGCAGCCGGUGCCAUUUUCUUAGCCGCCAAGUUCCUCAAAGUCAAACUCCCUUCCGACGGCGAGAAAGUCUGGUGGCAGGAGUUCGAUGUCACCCCCCGCCAGCUAGAAGAGGUGAGCAACCAAAUGUUGGAACUGUACGAACAAAACAGAGUGGCGCCAGCUCAGACGAGUGAAGUGGUUGACGGGAGUACAGGUGGCGGGGUGAAUCAAAAGGGGCCCACCACAAGAGCUGUUGGCAUGGAUGAAGAACAUGAACAUGGACCAAACAGAAGCAGCUCAAACCCUACAUCAUCACAUCCCCCGCCCGAUCAGGAUGGCCCACCAAGAACCUCCGAAGUCAACGAAAGUCAACAUGGAGGUGAAGAUGGCUCCGAAGGGCAUGAGGGAAGUCGUAAAGAGAAAGAGAAAGACAAGUAUUACAAAGGGCAGUCGCCACAGGAUGCCAUCAAAAAGAUUGAUAAGGAUAAGGUGAAGGCGGCGCUUGAGAAACGGAGGAAGGCGCGUGGUGGGGAUGUGACACGUAGGACUGAUUUCAUGGAUGAAGAUGAUUUGAUUGAGAGGGAGUUGGAAGAUGGGAUUGAGUUGGCUGCUGAAUCAGAGAAAAGGAAACAUAACCACAACAAUAACUGGUCUAAAACAUCAGCAGCAGCAGCAGCAGCAGGAGGAGGAGGUUCGAAUGAUGAUGAUGGUUAUGAUGAUAAUGAUGAUGAUGAUGUCGAAGAUGGACAGUAUCAUACUUCGUCCAAAGGACAGACGUCAAGGAGUCAAGAGUUUGAGGCUGUGGAAGAAGGGGAAGUCGGGGCCGUAAGGAGGAUGUUUGAUGAUGAUGAUAAUAAUGGUCAUGAUCAUGAUCAUGAUGAUGUAAGGUUGUCACCGAAGUCUAGUAGUAGGAAAAGGAAAGGUGGUGGGAGUCCAUCUGAGAAACGAAGGAGAAACUAG